AUGGAAAAAAUAGUUGUUUGUGCUAUUAAUUCAGAUAUAUAAUUAGAUGGUAUAGAGUUGUCAAUUGUUCAAUUUACUUAUCUUGAUUAAGAUACAGAUUAAUGGUCAAUAACUAAUCUUUUUUUUCAAUAGUUUGGAUAUCCGGAAGAUCUAAGAAAAUAAAUUAUUUCUACAAUAAAAGAAUGUUCUAAAAAAACACAAGAUAAGUUUGAUGAUAAAUUAAUAAAUUAAUUAGAAAUAGAAUAUGGCGAAUUUAUAUCUAAAAUAUUGGAUUAAAUAGAAUAAUAAAUUUAAAUUAAUUCUGUUAAUUUAUUUGCAUUUAAUACACUUCUUAUACAAUUAAUAGAAAUUGAUGCUAAAAAACUAAAAUCAGCAGCAUUUUUGAAUAAGUUUUGUUAAUAAUUUGCAAUUAAAUACUAAAUAAGAGUAAUUUGUAACUUUUUUGCUUAUGAUUUUUAUCUAGAAGGAAAUGGAGGACCUUAUUAAAUUAUUGGUUAAGCCAAAUUAUUUGAAUAAUAAAAUGCUAUGUUGAAUUUAUCAGGUUUUGCAUCUUUUACACAUUUUUUAAAUAAAGAUGAUAAAGAAACAUAUUAAGGAGAUUUUAUUUGUCCUGCUAUGUUUGCUCUUAAUUAUGCUUCUAAUUGGAAAAAAGAGCUCUUAAAUUAAGAUACAACUAUUGUUGAUGAAGAAUUUUUAUAGCAAUUGCAAAGUUCAUAAAAAUUCAAAUACACAGUUUAUUCUAUGGGUAAAUUAAUGGAAUUUAUAGAUUAGUAAAACAUAAAUCCAGCUCUUAAAGUUGCCACAUUAAAAUAGUAUAUUUCCUAAGAAAUUUAAUCUUAUCUAGAGAGUCUCAAUUAACAAGGCAAGGUUUAUGUUGGUGGAAAUUUCUCUGAAGAAUUAUUUAAGUUCUUAUAAUAAGAAAUUAAAUAAAUAGAAUUUUUGAAAUCUAAGGAUUAUUAAUAGAUUGAUUCAAUUAUAACUGGAUUCCUAGCAGUCAGAAAAAAUAAACUAUUACUAAAUGUUUUUAAAGGUGUUACUAAAGCUAUAAGUGAUCAUAGUAGUGGAAUUAUUUAUAUUCAAUCUGAAUAACCUAUAAUACUUACAAGGGAACCAGAAAUUUAGCAAGUACCUUAGGAACUUAAAUAAAGUUUGGAUAAUUCUGAUGAUUUUGAAUUAGCAAUCUAAAAUUUGGAUGAAGUCUAGAAUAUAAAGAUUUCUUAAAUAAAACUACAAAGUAAAAAAUGA